CCAGAGUUCUGAUUCUCCUCACAUGUCUGCACUAAUCAACCACAGUAUAAAGCCACCUUCCCGUCACCACCUCAGUGUCUGGUCUUCUUGUUACUUCUUGCAUCAGCUUACCUGAUCUGCUUUAUGAUCGCUUCAUCUUCAGUCAUCUGCUCAGUAUUCUGGAUUCCCCACGAACCGGCAAAUCAAGGACAGUGUUACCGCUCAGCUAAGACUCCGCUAGAGUUACUUAACUAUUAUCACUUACCUGUGAUCAUCGCUUUCUCCUCUAAAGCCUCUCUGUUGUGGAUAUUUACCUGUGUUGUCUCCUUCUGUGUGCUGACCCUCCUCCUGUUUGCCCUCCUUAAUAUGUUACUGGAGCCUUUUCCAAUAUCGGACUCUCAUCACUUAAUUAAGCCAAGAGCAAGUGAGAAAGAGAGAUGGAAGGAGGAGAUGUGAAGAGAGAGAGACAGUCUCUAUUUACAUCUGGCUGAACAUCAGCGAGCCAUCGGCGUCGCCAGCUUCACAGGCCUGGCGUGGCCCUCUCUCAGCCCCGCUGCCCUCUGCCUGUGACGGGAAUCCAUCGUGACAGGAUACCAGCAGCACCACCGACUGUAAACAUGGCGGCGUGCACAGCCGGAUGUCUGUGCUAUGUGCCCCCUUACUGAAGCCCCGAUCAUCGACACACUUCCAUGAUGGAGACAGAGGAGGAGCAGCAUAUGACCACGCUGUUAUGCAUGGGUUUCCCAGACCCGGUGGCCAUCCGAAAAGCCCUGCGCCUGGCCAAAAACGACAUCAACGAGGCUGUCGCGCUGCUCACCAACGAAAGCCCGGGACUCGGAUACGGCUACGAGCCGAUGGAAAGCGGCCCUUCCCCGGGCUCCGGCCUCAGCGGAGACGGCGAGAACAGCGGGCGCACGGGCACCGGAGGGUUUGAUCCUCCGCCUGCGUAUCACGAUGUUGUGGAAAGUGAGAGGAGUAAUGAUGAGAACGGAAACUGUUCUGGGAACAGUAUGGAGUUCCCCACCACUAAUCUGUAUGAGCUGGAGAGCAGAGUGUUCACUGAUCACUGGUCCAUCCCGUACAAGAGAGAGGAAUCUCUCGGCAAGUGCCUCAUCGCCUCCACCUGCCUGGCCAGACUGGGCCUGGCUGAUGCAGAUGAGAACUGUAAGAGAUUUGUUGACCGUUGCAUGCCUGAAGCCUUCAAAAAGUUGCUGACGUCCAGUGCGGUGCACAAGUGGGGAACCGAGAUUCAUGAGGGCAUCUACAACAUGCUAAUGCUGCUGGUGGAUCUGGUCGCGGAGAGAGUCAAACAGGAUCCGAUACCCAUCGGCCUCAUGGGAGUUCUCACUAUGGCUUUUAACCCUGAUAAUGAGUAUCACUUUAAGAAUCGGAUGAAGGCCUGUCAGAGGAACUGGGCAGAAGUGUUUGGAGAGGACAGCAUGUUCGCUGUUUCUCCCAGCUCCAGCUACCAGAAGGAACCUCACGGCUGGCUGGUGGACUUGGUGAAUCGGUUUGGAGAGAUGGGAGGCUUCACAGCAAUUCAGUGCAAGCUCAACCAGGACGAGAUGGAGAUUGGGUGUGUAUCAGCUCUGGUUCAGCCGCUCGGCAUGUGUGCAGAAUACCUCAACUCCAGCCUGGUGCAGCCCAUGCUGGACCCAGUCAUCCAUAAGAUGAUAACAUAUGUGCAGAACCUGGAGGAGAAAGACCUGAAAGACAAGCGUUUGGUGAGUAUUCCAGAGCUCUUGUCGGCCAUUAAGCUCCUCUGCAUGCGUUUCCAGCGGGAGCUGGUGAACAUCGUGGAUGACCUUCGGCUGGACAUCCUUCUCCGAAUGCUCAAGACGCCCCACUUCAGUGCCAAAAUGAACUCCCUCAAAGAGGUCACGAAACUCAUUGAGGAAAGCACAGUUUCCAAGACUGUGAAGAACGCCAUCGACACAGACCGACUCCUGGACUGGCUGGUAGAAAACUCAGUACUGUCAAUAGCUUUGGAAGGAAACAUUGACCAGGCCCAGUACUGUGACAGAAUAAAGGGAAUCAUUGAGCUGUUGGGCAGUAAGCUCUCAUUGGAUGAACUCUCCAAAAUAUGGAAAAUACAGGCUGGUCAGUCCUCCACUGUGAUUGAGAACAUCCACACCAUCAUCGCUGCUGCUGCCGUCAAGUUCAACUUUGACCAGCUCAGCCACCUCUUCGUCCUCAUACAGAAGAGCUGGGAGGUUGAGAGUGAUCGUGUGAGACAGAAGCUUCUGAGUCUGAUUGGACGGAUCGGCAGGGAGGCUCGCUCUGAGGCGACCACAGGAAAGGUGUUGGAGGUAUUGUGGGAGUUGGCGCAUCUCCCCACCCUUCCUACCACUCUAGUACAGCAGGCCCUGGAAGAACAUCUCACCAUCCUCAGCGACGCAUACGCUGUCAAAGAAACCAUCAAGAGGAACUACAUCAUCAAAUGCAUCGAAGAUAUCAAGAAGAUGCAAAUACAGGAGGAUUCAAAGUCUCCCAGCGAGACACAGGUCUCUUUUCUUACUGGCACCUGGGGCAAGAAGAAACCGAGCUCAUUGGCUAAAUCGUCUCAGCAGACUAACCCUCAGACGGUGUGGGUGGUUCCAGCCUUGCGGCAGCUUCACGAGAUUACGCGGUCUUUUAUCAAACAGACCUACCAGAAACAGGACAAGAGUAUAAUCCAGGACCUGAAGAAGAACUUUGAGAUAGUGAAGCUGAUCACAGGCUCUCUGGUGUCAUGUCAUCGCUUGGCCGUGUCUGUCGCUGGAUCCAAUGGUCUUUCUGGGUCCACACUGGUUGAUGGGCGGUACUCCUAUCAGGAGUAUUUGGAGAGUCACUUGAAGUUCCUUGCAUUCUUCCUGCAAGAGGCCAGUCUGUACCUGGUCUGGAAUAGAGCCAAAGAGAUCUGGGAAUGCUUGGUCUCUGGCAUGGAUGUGUGCGAGCUGGAUCGAGAGAUGUGUUUCGAAUGGUUCACUAAGGGACAGCAUGAUCUAGAGAGUGAUGUUCAACAGCAGCUCUUUAAAGAGAAGGUCCUCAAGCUGGAGCCUUAUGAGAUCACUAUGAAUGGGUUUAACCUCUUCAAGACCUUUUUUGAGAAUGUGAACCUCAGUGACCACCGUCUCAAACGGCAGGGAACACAACUGUGCGUGGAGCGAUUGGAUCUGGCUGGCAUGGACUUCAUCUGGAGGAUCGCGAUGGAAUCUCCAGACGAGGACAUCGCUAAUGAAGCCAUACAUCUCAUCAUUACUUACAGCUACAUUAACCUCAACCCCAAAAUGAAGAAGGACUCAGUAUCUCUACAUAAGAAAUUCAUUGCUGACUGCUAUAAGAGAUUGGAGGCUGCUAGCUCUGCGCUGGGCGGCCCGACCCUCACACAUGCUGUUACCCGGGCAACCAAGAUGCUGGCAGCCACUGCUAUGCCAACGGUCGCCACAUCAGUGCAAUCUCCAUCCAGGUCCAGUAAACUAGUUAUCAUUGAGAGACUUCUGUUAUUGGCGGAGCGUUAUGUCAUAACAAUAGAGGACCUGUAUUCUGUUCCUCGAACUAUUCUACCUCAUGGAGCGUCUUUCCACGGCCAUCCUGUUACACUUCACAUCACAUACGAAUCUACCAAAGACACAUUCACCUUGGAGGCCCACAGCAACGAGACCAUAGGCAGCAUCAGAUGGAAGAUCGCCGAGCAGCUCAGCUGUCCGGUGGACAAUGUGCAGAUAUUUGCCAAUGACAGCAUGCUGACAAUGAAUCGUGACCAGAAGCUGUUGAAUCAGCUGGGUUUCUCUGAUGAGCAGAGUCUGACGGUAAAGAGCUCAGGAACAGGUACUCCAUCAGGCAGUUCAGCGGACAGCUCUGCCUCGGCCAGCUCCAGCAGCAGCGGGGUCUUUAACUCUGCGUAUGCUUUGGAGCAGGAGAAAUCUCUUCCUGGUGUGGUCAUGGCGUUGGUGUGUAAUGUCUUUGAGAUGCUUUAUCAGCUCGCCAAUUUGGAGGAACCCAGAAUAACUUUGCGUGUCAGGAAGUUGUUGCUGCUUAUCCCGACCGACCCAGAGGUGCAGGACGCCCUUGAUAACUUUGUGCCAAAAGAGUCCAGCGUCUGGAGUCACCAGGUACCUGAAAGACACUCUUUGACUUGGAUAAUUGUAAUUGUAAUUACAAUUACAAGCUUAAUUCUAAGCUUAAAAAGCAGUUUCCACAUACAUAAUAUGAAAUGAACAUUCACCACUAUCUUCUUACAGGUGCUGAGCUCCAAGCUGAUGCCCACAUCUGAUGAUGAAAUGGCAAAGACCAGUGUCAAAUCUUUCUGUGAGAACUUCCUCAAAGCGGGAGGUCUCAGUCUGGUGGUUAACGUCAUGCAGAGAGACUCCAUCCCCUCUGAGGUGGACUACGAGACCAGACAGGGAGUCUAUUCCAUCUGCCUGCAGCUGGCCAGGUUCCUGCUGGUAGGGCAGGCUAUGCCUAGUAUGCUCGAUGAGGAGUUGAGCAAGGAAGGUCUGGACACUCUGUCCUCUCGGCCGUUCCGUAACGCCGGGCGUCAGAGCGGCCGACAGCUCUCCGUCUGCGGGACUCCAGAGAAGUCCUCCUACAGGCAGGUGUCCAUGUCUGACAGAUCCUCCAUCAGAGUGGAAGAAAUCAUCCCGGCCGCCCGUGUCGCCAUACAGACAAUGGAGGUGGGAGACUUCACAUCCACAGUGGCGUGCUUCAUGAGGCUCACCUGGGCAGCAGCUGCAGGCCGAUUGGACCUAGUUGGAAGCAGCCAGCCAAUCAGAGAGACGACUAACUCGCUUCUCCCGCUGGGUGUUCGCAGCAGGGUCAGCAGCACAGGAAGUAACUGCAGCUCAGGCAGUGAGGGAGAGGUCACCACGUUGCAGGCUGGGAUAUGCGUCAAACAGCUGUUUGUGUCCAUCAAAGACACUAUUAUUGCAAGAGAAGCACUCUCUUUACUCGUCACAUGCCUUCAGCUACGCUGCCAACAGCUAUCUUCAUUUUACAAUCUGCCUUCUGUGAAUGAUUUCAUCAUUGAUAUUCUGCUGGGGUCGCCCAGUGGAGAGAUCCGACGUGUAGCGUGUGAUCAGCUGUACACUCUCAGUCAGUCAGACACCUCUGCAUACCCUGACCUCCAGAAGCCCAACCUCUUCCUGCUGAAGGUGGUUCUGACAGCCCAACUUCCUCUCUGGUCUCCCACCAGCAUCAUGAGGGGCAUUAACCAAAGGUUGCUUUCACAAUGCACAGAGUAUUUUGAUCUGAGGUGCCAACUACUGGAUGACCUGACCAGUGAGUGCAGUACGGUCAGCAGUCGUCUGGCGGCGUACGAGGUGCUGGUCAUGUUGGCCGACAGCUCUCUUACUAACCUGCAGCUCAUCACUAAAGAACUGUUGUCCAUGCACCACCAAUCUGACCCAUCUCUCACCAAAGAGUUCGACUAUCUUCCUCCUGUAGAUAGUCGUUCUGUGUCUGGGUUUGUGGGACUGAAGAACGGAGGUGCAACCUGCUACAUGAAUGCAGUGUUCCAGCAGCUCUACAUGCAGCCUGGUUUGCCUGAGGUAAAUGUUGCUCUCUUAUUAUCACUAGUUAUAUUACUGACUACGUACUUCAUUGUUCUCAUCACUUGGUUGAUCUUGAUGCAGAUAUUUAAGAUGUGGAAUAAAGAAUUAUAUGUACGAGAACAGCAGGACGCCUAUGAGUUCUUCACCAGUCUGGUGGAUCAGCUUGAUGAACAUCUAAAGAAAAUCGGUCGAGAGCAGAUCUUCAGAAACACAUUCCAGGGCAUUUUCUCUGAUCAGAAGAUAUGUAAAGACUGCCCACACAGGUACGAGCGCGAGGAGACGUUCAUGGCUCUGAACUUAGGGGUGACAUCCUGUCAGAGUCUGGAGAUCUCUCUCGAUCAGUUCGUCAGAGGAGAGGUCCUGGAUGGCAGCAAUGCUUAUUACUGCGAGAAAUGUAAAGAGAAGCGUAUCACAGUGAAGCGGACCUGUAUAAAGUCUCUGCCCAGCGUGCUGGUCAUCCACCUCAUGCGAUUCGGCUUUGACUGGGAAAGCGGCCGGUCCAUCAAAUACGAUGAGCAGAUCCGAUUCCCCUGGGUGCUGAACAUGGAGCCGUACACAGUGUCAGGAAUGGCCCGUCAAGAUUCAAGUGCAGAUCAUGGAGAGAACGGGAGAGGGGGCGAGGCCGGAUCCGGGGGAUCGCCUCGGAAGAAGGUCACCAUCUCUGAGAACUAUGAACUGGUGGGAGUGGUGGUCCACAGCGGACAGGCCCAUGCAGGACACUAUUACUCAUUCAUCAAAGACCGCCGGGGUAGUUCACGAGGACGCUGGUAUAAGUUUAACGACAAUGUUGUUGAAGAGUUUGACAUGAACGAUGAGACUCUGGAGUACGAGUGUUUUGGAGGAGAGUACAGACCCAGAGUUUAUGACCAGUCUAACCCCUACCCGGAUGUGCGGCGGCGCUACUGGAACGCCUACAUGCUGUUCUACCAGCGCAUCAGUGACCAGAACUCCCCCGUCCUGCCCAAAAAGAGUCGAGUCAGCAUCGUGAGGCAGGAGGCAGAGGAUCUCUCACUGUCAGCCCCAUCCUCUCCAGAGAUCUCACCCCAAUCCUCCCCACGGCCACCCCGAGCCAACAAUGACCGCCUCACCCUGCUCACACGCUUGGUCAAGAAAGGAGAGAAGAAGGGUCUGUUUGUGGAAAAGAUGCCUGCUAGGAUCUAUCAGAUGGUGAGAGAUGAAAAUCUGAAGUUCAUGAAGAACAGAGACGUUUACAAUAGUGAUUACUUCAACUUCACACUGUCUCUGGCCUCUGUCAACGCGACGAAGUUAAAGCAUCCAUCGUAUCAGGCCAUGGCCAAAACCAGCCUGCAGCUGGCUGUCCAGUUCCUCUUCCACACUUAUCUGCGCACUAAAAAGAAACUCAGGGUGGACACAGAGGAGUGGAUCGCUACCAUGGAGGUUUUGUUGUCCAAGAGUAGUGAGGCGUGUCAGUGGAUGGUCCAGUACCUGGUGGCACCUGAAGGAAGGGAGAUCAUCAAGAUCUGUCUGUUGGAAUGUAGUGUGCGGGAGGUCCGUGUCGUGGUGGCCACCAUCCUGGAGAAGACCCUGGAGAGUGCUUUGUACUUCCAGGACGCUGGGUUGGACUGUCUUUUGGACAUGCUGCUGUCUCUAUUGGAUAAGGAUGUCCCGGAUAACUGCAAGAACUGCUCUCAGUACUUCAGCCUCUUCAGUAACUUUGCUCAGAGGGGCUGUGGGCCAUGUCAGCUGCUGCUGAAACAUUCUGCUUAUCGUCGGAUGCUUGUCUUCCUCCUGGGACCCAACCGGCAAAACAACCAGCACCGGCGCUGGAGUUCAGCACAGGCUCGUGAGUUCCUGCAUCUUCACAACACUCUGGCCCUGAUCGUGCUGCACACAGACCUCACGUCUCAGAGGACAGAGUCUCAAGGAGUGUUCAAGCACGCUUCAUCAGGACUGGUGGCUCCAUCUUCACCCCUCCUGCCUCUACAUCCAGACAUCAACACGUUGCUCUUCAAAGCAGAAGGGCAGGUGUAUCUCAUGGAGGUGAUGUUUGCCAUGCGUGAGUUGUCCGGCCCAUUGUCAUUUCUCAUAGAGAUGAUCACAUAUUGCUCGUUCUGUAACGAACCUUUCUCACUGGGAGUCCUACACUUACUCAAGAACCAUCUGGAAACGGCUCCUCCUCACGAACUGAAGAACGUCUUUCAGAUGCUCCUAGAGAUCCUGAUGGUAGAGGACCCUCUGCAGUCUCAGAGGCUCAAAUAUGCAUUUGAAUCUGAAAAGGGCCUUCUGGCUUUGAUGCAUCAGAGCAACAAUGUGGACAGCAGUCGCUGCUAUCAGUGUGUGAAGUUGCUGGUCACACUGGCACAGAAAUGUUCUCCAGCUAAGGACUAUUUUAAAGAGCUCUCAGGACAUUGGAGUUGGGCAGUGCAGUGGCUUCAGAAGAAGAUGUCUGAGCACUACUGGACGCCUCAGAGUAACGUAUCGAAUGAGACGUCCACGGCUAAAACCUUCCAGCGCACCAUCUCAGCACAGGACACUCUAGCUUAUGCCACAGCUUUACUGAAUGAGAAGGAGCAGUCCGGCAGCAGUAAUGGUUCAGACGGCAGCCCGGCCAAUGAGAACUCAGACAGAAGCCUCAGACAGGGAUCCGAAUCCCCAAUGAUGUUGGGUGAUUCUCGAAGUGAUCUAGAAGAUGUGGAUCCGUAACGCUUCUCAUUGUUUUUGCACAUCAAAACAACACAAAAAAGUUACCCUCCGACGGAAAGAUGUGGCUCUAAACAGACAAUCAGAAAACUGCAUUUGUUCUUCUAGGGACUGGAAAUGGAGCGACCAGAAGCACCCAAAGGCCCCGUCGGAGCGCUCGCUCCUCAGGCCGCCUCGCCUGAGAAGUAAACGGAGGCGAAUAUCUCUUGUUUUUUUGUUUUUUUCUCUCUCUCUCUUCUGGUGGUUGAAGCCUGGCUGGAUGUAAUUAGAGUUCAGGUCAUGCAAGUGAUUUAGAUGUUUCUUCUGACUUGAGUUCUGUCAGACGAGUGAGACUUAAUAAAAACGGAGGCGUUCGUUUCCUUGACGUUUUUACGCCGAACUACUACUAUGGUGCCAGACGGGGCGUUUUAAAAGAAGUCAGCGUAUAUUUGCCAAUGUAAUUAAGUAGAUACUAUUCAUGAGAAAUGUAAAGAUGUGUUCCAUAAGUGUAAUUUCAAAUGUAAAAUAAUAUUUUUAAGAA